CACUCCAAAAGCCACAAGAGUUGGGAAAAUCAAAUCUUUAUCUUUCCACAGGAUUACAAAGGCCAAAAAUUAGCAGAACAGAUUUUCCAGGGAAUCAUCCUUGUGUCUGCUGUAAUUGGUUUCAUUUAUGGAUACAUCACUGAACAGUUUGGCUGGACAGUUUACAUAGUAAUGGCUGGAUUUGCUUUGUCAUGCCUGCUAACACUCCCUCCGUGGCCCAUGUACCGUCGCAAUCCUCUGAAGUGGUUACCUGUCCAGGAAUCUGCAACAGAUGAUAAGAAGCCAGCAGACAGAAAAGUAAAAAGGCACCCUAAAAACUGAAACUAUUCUGUAUAAAUGUUGAACAUUAAAUUUGUUUUGAAGUUGA